AUGUCCACCAACAAAUCGGCCACAUCCAUCCUCUACCACAUCCUCGAGCCAAGAUACAACAACAGCAUCGGCCUCGCAGCAGCCUGGGCAGACGACUACGCCCACACUCCCUCAGGCGCUUUUAGCUACCAAUGGCAUUGGAUAGAUUCUGCCGACAACCCUCCGCAUUAUUGUAAUGUGUAUUAUCAUCGUGAUUGCUCUGAGGGCGGCUUCCCUAACACAACCAUCCAGCCCUUCUUCAAGCAUCUCGUCUCUCGCAUCCAAGAAGACGAUUUCUCAAUCCCUUCUUCCGAAUGGAUAGCUUGUAGCGAUCCUUCUAGACCAUUAGAGUGUGCACUCAGUUGGGCUCGCGAUAGCAAUGCGCUGAACUGCGACUAUGUUUUCUCGCGCGCUGUUAAGGAUGUCGAUUUAGCCACCAGCGGUUAUGCGACCGGCGCUUUCCCCAUCGUGGAGUUGCAGACGAGCAAAGCGAUUCUGAGAAUAGCCACCUGGCUGAACAGAUUGGUGGCUGCCGAUCAUGAUCGUGAGGGAGGCGUAGUGUUGCAGACGGAGCCUGGCUCAUUAUAA